AUGGAAACAUCGGAGAUUUUAUUGAAAUCUGAAAUUGAAUCAUUGAGAAACGAAAAAGAAGAAGCAACGGACCAGAAAGCGAAAAAGAAACGAGAAGAAUCAAGAGAAGACGAUGAGUUGGAAACUGUCGAAGUGUUGAGAAUGAAAUGUAAAGAGAUGACGUACAAACUGGAAAAGCAGAAAACACAGCAAACUUCACUCGAAGUUGAAAUAGAGACUCAAAAGAAGAACAACGACUUCAUUCGAACUGAGAUAGAAGAAGAAAGAAGAAGACAUAUUGAGGAGAAAAAGAGAUUGACUGAAAAUUUGGAUUCAUUGGAGAAAGAAAUGUAUCAAAAGUGUGAAGAACUUCAGAAAAAUCUUUCAAAGUCUCAAAUUCAAUUGGCUGAAAUCAAGACUGAAUUGGAAGUAAAAGAGCAUAGAGAAAAGCAAUUGGAGAGGCUUUAUGAAGAUGUAAUGACAGAGAUAAAUGAAACAAGAAAAGAGAAAUCAGCAGUUAUGGUUAGAUGUUCAUCGAUGACGACUGAAAAUGCGGAAUUGAAAGCAAAAGUUCAACAGUUGAGAGCAAGAUUACCGAGGAAUGAUCAUGAUAUUGAAGAUAUGAAUAAACUAUUGGGAGAUCAAAGUCAUUUGAUUUCUGCAUUGAGGGAAGAAACGAAAUUACUGGCAAGAAAAUUGGAAAUUGACUCUAGAGAUUAUAGUGAAACCAUCAAUUUUGUCUUCCUUGUUCAUCUUGGAGUGUCCUCGACAAUGAUCUUCUUGGCAUUAUGGAAUAGAGUGAUCACCCCGAAUAUGAUUGGAUUCUCUUUGUACUCAUUUGCCGGCUCCCUCUCCCUCUACUUCAUCAGCGACCAAUAUCUAAAAGAAGAAGUGAUUCUGAAGAACUGGUCAAUUGUACUGUCAAUGUGUGGAUUCUGUUCUCUGACAACUUGUUGGUGGAGUGUUUAUAAAGAAAAGUUUUGUAAUCUGUGGUGA